AUGAAUAUAGCAGCCAAGUACCGCCAGGCCUCCCUGUACGUGGGUGACCUCCAUGCUGACGUCACCGAGGACCUGCUGUUCAAGAAGUUCAGCGCCGUGGGGCCCGUGUUGUCCAUCCGCAUCUGCAGGGACCUGGUCACCCGCCGCUCCCUGGGCUACGCCUAUGUGAACUUUCUGCAGCUGGCGGAUGCCCAGAAGGCGCUGGACACCAUGAACUUUGACUUGAUAAAGGGCAAAUCCAUCCGUCUCAUGUGGUCUCAACGUGACGCCUACUUAAGGAAAUCUGGGAUUGGGAACGUGUUCAUCAAGAAUCUGGACAGAUCCAUUGAUAACAAAACCCUUUAUGAACACUUUUCAGCGUUUGGGAAGAUCCUGUCCUCCAAGGUGAUGAGUGAUGAUCAGGGCUCCAGGGGCUAUGCAUUCGUGCACUUUCAAAACCAGAUUGCUGCGGACAGGGCCAUCGAGGAGAUGAAUGGGACACUGCUUAAGGACUGCAGGCUGUUUGUUGGCAGAUUCAAAAGCCGCAAAGAUCGAGAAGCCGAGUUUCAGAACAAAGCCCAUGAAUUCACCAAUGUUUACAUCAAAAAUUUUGGAGAUGAGAUGGAUGAUGAGAGGCUGAAGGAAGUUUUCAGCAAAUACGGCAAAACCCUGAGUGUUAAGGUUAUGACAGAUUCCAGUGGAAAAUCCAAAGGCUUUGGCUUUGUGAGUUUUGAUAGCCAUGAGGCUGCCAAAAGGGCUGUUGAAGAAAUGAAUGGAAAGGACAUAAACGGACAGCUGCUUUUUGUAGGCCGGGCACAGAAGAAAGCAGAGAGACAGGCUGAGUUAAAGCAAAUGUUUGAGCAGCUGAAACAUGAAAGAUUUCGGCGGUGCCAGGGUGCGAAGCUCUAUAUUAAGAACCUGGAUGAGACCAUUGAUGAUGAAAAACUGCGGAGGGAAUUUUCUACAUUUGGAUCAAUUAGCAGGGUUAAGGUAAUGCAGGAAGAAGGGCGAAGCAAAGGGUUUGGCUUGAUCUGCUUCUCCUCUGCGGAGGAGGCCACUAAAGCAAUGACGGAGAUGAAUGGCCGCAUCUUAGGCUCCAAGCCACUCAACAUCGCCCUGGCCCAGAAACCCUAG